AUGGACUCAUCCUCGUUAGCCAUCACGCGGAUAUUUCAACGGCUUUUCGCAAGGCCGUCUCGCCGAUGUCUUCGCCUGACCAGUGCCGCCCGAUACCCUCCUGUUCGACGGUUCGAUCAGCGCAGGACGUAUGCUCUCCAACGGAAGCAGGAUGAUAAAGAUGGCGGCAGCCCGUGGCAGCAAAGAAUCGAUGCGUUUCCCAAGGACAUGACACGGCAACUCCAAGAAUAUCCCCGGCUCACGGCACGCGACCUUCAGCAUCGGACACAACGCCCGCGAAGGGUGAAAAUGCUAACCAGGGACUUCAUCGAAGAUAGUCUCUACAACCCGAAUUACGGCUAUUUCUCCAAACAUGCGACCAUCUUCAACGCCGGCAAGCCGUUCGACUUCCCCGCCAUCAAAGACGGCGCCGAGUUCAAUCGCAUGGUGGACUUGAGCUACGUCGAGUUCGAGGAUGCCCUGGACGAGAUCGAGCCCGACGAGGCCAGGCAGCUUUGGCACACCCCCACCGAACUGUUCCGACCUUACUAUGGCGAAGCGAUUGCGCGGUAUUUGGUCACCAAUUACAAGAUGACGCUGUUUCCAUACCACGAUCUGAUCAUCUACGAGAUGGGGGCGGGCAAUGGCACAUUGAUGCGGAAUAUUCUGGACUACAUCUACGAGUGGGAGCCCGAGGUGUACGCCCGGACCCAAUUCAAGAUCAUCGAGAUUUCCUCCGCGCUGGCCGACCUGCAAGUAACUAGCCUCAGCAGGUCCCCUUAUGCCGCGGAGCAUCGCAGUCACGUCCAGAUCAUCAACCGCUCGGUAUUCGACUGGCAAGAAUACGUCCAUUCGCCGUGCUUCUUCCUUGCCCUGGAAGUCAUCGACAAUUUCCCCCACGAUUGCCUGCGGUACGAUCCAGAAACGGAAGAGCCGCUGCAGGGCAGUGUUCUGAUAGAUGAGGACGGCGAGUUUUUUGAGUUCUACGACCGCAAUCUCGAUCCCGUCGCUGAACGCUACCUCCGCCUGCGGGAGGUUGCUGCCCGAUCGCCCUUCAUCACCCCGGUGUCGCAGCCGAAAUUCCUUCGACGCCUCCGACACUCUCUGCCGUUCGCCCCGAACCUGACCCAGCCGGAAUACAUCCCGACCCGGCUUUUGGAGUUCUUCCACGUCCUCCACAAGUACUUUCCGGCCCACCGCUUGGUCCUGUCUGAUUUCAACUAUCUUCCGGACGCCGUGCCAGGCAUCAACGCCCCCGUCGUGCAGACCCGCUACCAGCGCCGCAAUGUCCAGGUCACCACCCCGUUGGUGCACCAGGGUUACUUUGACAUCUUCUUCCCCACCGACUUCGCCAUGAUGGAGGACAUCUACCGUGCCGUCACGGGGAAGCUGACCAGAGUAUCGUCGCACCGAGACUUCCUCGAGAGCUGGGCCUUUGUGGAGGAGACGCAGGUGCGCAAUGGCGAAAAUCCUAUGUUGAGUUGGUAUUCAAAUGCUAGCGUCAUGACCACGGUCUGA